AUGACAUCAAAUUACGCAAAAGUUUUUCAGUUCAUGAAACUGAUAGGCCAGUUAAAACGUGUGGAGAGAACGGGAUGGGUCCGGAACAAAGUGAAGGAUCCAGAAACUGUUGCGGAGCAUAUGUAUCGAAUGGCGAUGAUGGCGUUUGCAAUCCCUUCACAUUUAGGCUUAGACAGAGAUAAGUGCAUAAAGAUUGCCAUUGUUCAUGACAUGGCCGAGAGCAUGGUCGGGGACAUCACUCCUUGGUGUGGGGUCAGCAAGGAGGAGAAGAACAAGCGUGAAGAGGAAGCCACAGCUCACAUUGCUAGUCUGUUGCCGGAUGAUGCAGGGAAGGAGGUUUAUCAACUAUGGUUGGAAUAUGAGAACCAGUCAAGCCCGGAAGCCAAGUUUGUCAAGGAUCUGGACAAAUUUGAGAUGCUUUUUCAAGCCUAUGAGUAUGAAAAUGAAUACAACAGGCCGAAAGAACUGCAAGAGUUUUAUGAUCACACUAGAGAUAAACACACAUUCUCAACCGAACUCGUCAAAUCCUGGAGCAAAGAAUUGGAAACCCUGAGAAACAACCCGCAACCUGAUUCAAGCUUGCCAGAGCACAAACGGCCAUCAAAGGAUGAGGUCAAAGGUGAAGAUCUCUCGGAAAAUUCCCAGUCACCAAAGAAAAGGAAGAGGGAGACAGAGAGUAAAUGA